CGGCGGCGGGGCUGCGGGGCUGCGGGGCUGCGGGGCCGGGCGGCGGCAUGGCGGAGAGCGAGGCGGAGACCCCCAGCACGCCGGGCGAGUUCGAGAGCAAGUACUUCGAGUUCCACGGCGUGCGGCUGCCGCCCUUUUGCCGCGGGAAGAUGGAGGAGAUCGCCAACUUCCCGGUGCGGCCCAGCGACGUGUGGAUCGUCACCUACCCCAAGUCCGGCACCAGCUUGCUGCAGGAAGUGGUCUACUUGGUGAGCCAGGGGGCCGACCCUGAUGAGAUCGGCUUGAUGAACAUCGACGAGCAGCUCCCGGUCCUGGAAUACCCACAGCCAGGCCUGGACAUCAUCAAGGAACUGACAUCUCCCCGCCUCAUCAAAAGCCACCUCCCCUACCGCUUCCUGCCCUCCGACCUCCACAACGGCGAUUCCAAGGUCAUCUACAUGGCCCGGAACCCCAAGGACCUGGUGGUGUCUUAUUACCAGUUCCACCGCUCGCUGCGGACCAUGAGCUACCGAGGCACGUUCCAGGAGUUCUGCCGGAGGUUCAUGAACGACAAGCUGGGCUAUGGCUCCUGGUUCGAGCACGUGCAGGAGUUCUGGGAGCACCACAUGGACUCGAAUGUGCUUUUCCUCAAGUACGAAGACAUGCACCGGGACCUGGUGACCAUGGUGGAGCAGCUGGCCAGGUUCCUGGGGGUGUCCUGCGACAAGGCGCAGCUGGAGUCGCUGAUCGAGCACUGCCACCAGCUGGUGGACCAGUGCUGCAAUGCCGAGGCCCUGCCCGUGGGCCGGGGAAGGGUCGGGCUGUGGAAGGACAUCUUCACUGUCUCCAUGAACGAGAAGUUCGACCUGGUGUACAAGCAGAAGAUGGGGAAGUGCGACCUCACGUUCGACUUUUACUUGUAAUAUCAGCAACCGCACACUUGCAUGCUCACAGUGCCCAGACACUAUAGCUCAGAGUCCCGUUUGCACUCAUUUGUUCCUUGCUGGACAGACUCUGGAAGUGAGACCCCGGGGGAGGGAGGGGACAUGGCCGGAGAAGCUGGAGAAAGCGGGUUUGAGUUCUGAUCCAGAGCAGCUGUCUCGCCUUUGAAGUCUAAAACGUCUGCCCACAAAGAUGGCGAUUCUGCUGGACCACGUGUCACGUCUGUUAACAUAUGCAACUAGAGUGUCUGCCUUUAUUACGACCCACACUACGUAUUGUAUUUUAUAGAGCUUUUCACUGGAAACCUGAAUAAAUGUCAGUAAACCAAAUAAAAGUUCAUUUCCGAGGGGCUCAGGAGAGCCACACCCAGGUGGUAGGAAGCGCUCAGGGUUGACUUUAUUUUUUUUGUCAUUCACAUGGCACAGCCAUUCGGUCCUCCCCUGGUGAGGACCGGGGUGAGGCUGGGGUUGGGGGCCCGAGUUUCCCCGGUGGCUCAGUUCUCAGCAGCCGCCCUGAGUUGCAGCAGGAGCUGUUCUCAGGGCGGGGGAGUGUUUUCAGAGGCUGCCCUCGGGCCAGCGGCCCCGAGGCCGACGCAGAGGACCCAGAGGGGUGGGCAUGUGAUGCGGUGACCCAAGAACGGCCCCCUACCCCCACCCCCCACCCCAGCAGAGACAGAACCUGACUUUUCGUUCCACGGUCUUUGAUUCCCUGAAGCAGAAACCUGCUUAUGUUGGCAAACAGAUGGCUUGAUAGUACUUUCUAGAACUCCUGGGUCUAUACCUACUGUUCAUUGUUGCAUCUGGGCCUGCGACUCUCAGCCCCAGAGACCCACCGAGUGCGUGUGGCGCCCCGUCUUGGCCCGGAUGGCCUGGCGGUGUCGCCUUGGUGCUGCUCCAGGGCCUGGAGGCGGGGGUCUGCCCUGCCCCGCCUCCCGCUUCCUUUGCUGGCCCACGGCAGGCUGGAGGAGUGACAAGAGGCAGUGGGCGAGCUGCAGGGCUGAUUGACCUGCACGCAUGUCGCCGCCCCUGUGCACCGGGCUAUCCUGGCUGUCCGUGGCUGGAAAGUGCCCGGGGUGGUGGGGCCAGAGGAGUCGCCUCCUCCGCAGGAGGGUCUGUGCUGAGAGUGGACGGGAGCGCUUCAGUCGUUUUGUCAAGGAGAGCAGCUUGGACGGGGCAGGUGGUCCUCGGCAUUGUGCAGUGGGCUUGGCAGCACCUCUUUUCUGUGUAUCUGCGAGGGUGGCUGCUUUCUGUGAAAUUUGUUUUCUAUUUUUCUAUUUUUAGUACUGUAUGGAUGUUACUGAGCACCAUGUGUGAGACUUCUCUGUGCUUGCUUGCAUCUUUAAUAAAGACAUAUCCCAUG